UUAGAAUAAUUUUUAUUUCUUAUCGUGAUAUUGUAUAUGUAAGUGUAUAUAAAUACAACUAUAAAGAUAUGCCUGUGUGAAGUUUCUAUAAUGCGAAAAAAUAAAGUUGCCAAAAGAGUUGAUGUAUAUAUCGUAUGAAAAAAAAAACAAACGUGUUUUUUCUUCACUGUUAUUUAGACUUAUUGUCAUUUAUUAAAAUACGUUUUAGGAAUAUUAAAAAAGAAAAAGAACAAUAUAUACAAUUUUUUAUCAAAAUAUUCAUAACCUACAAAUACUCAAGUAGUACGUAAAGAAAAUUUUGUGAAGUCAUUUGCUUUACAUACUAUGGUAGUCAUUCAAAUAUAAAAUUCUAAUCUUUUAGCGUUUAAAAAUAAGAAAUUUUUAGAAUUUAGAUUAUAUUUAUAUUAUGUAACGAAUAAAAAAAUCAACACGGUUGUUAUACCUAAAACUAUACUUUAUUACAAUUUGAAAAAAAUAUACUAACGUGAUGCAAACGUGAGGUUAUGAACGGUGCCAUUGACUUUUGUUAUUAAUACAUAGUUUAUUGCAACAUGGAAGAAGAUAGUAAGUAUUUUGUGUACAAGUGAUCAUAAUGAAAUCAACAUAUAUUAUGAAUAAUCCUGAUAUAUUAUACUACAUUGGUACAUUUUUAAUUAAUAUUUUCUCAUUUAUCAAAAUAAGGACUUAUCAAAAGAAAACAACGUGCCAAACGCGAUGGAAAUUUGCAGCAUUUGGCUGAAAUUAUUAAAGAACUUGGAGAUUUAUAUUUCCAAACUGGAAAAUUAGAGGAUGCUUUACAAGAAUAUAUACAACAAUUAGAAAUUUGUCAAAAUUUAAACGACGAGUUAAAUUGCGCAGUUGCGAAUAGAAUGAUCGGUGAAGUACAUACCAGUCUUGGUAACUAUGAAGAAGCAUUGAUACAUCUGAAUGAAUAUCUUGAGGGUGCCAAAAAGGUAAAAAAUUUGUUGGAAGAACAACGUGCUUUUGCUACAUUAGGAAGAACAUAUUUUUGCUUAGCUGAAACGCUAUCUAAAGAAUCUGAUAGAAAAAAUAAUGCUUUAAUUGAUGCUAAAAAGGCAUAUACAAGGAGUAUAUGUCUUUGUCAUGAGAUUAAUACUUGAAGCUCAAAAAGAAUCUGAACAAGCAAUUGAUCUUAUUGAAAAAGCAGCAGUAUUAUGUAAAAAGCAUAAUUUAAAUGAGGAUUUACAUAGAACAAACAUUGCUUUAGCUGCUGUAUAUGAACGUAAAGGAGAAACUACAUUAGCAUUGCAAUAUCUUGAUACUGCUGCUGAUGUAAAUAACGUAUCAUUAAAAGCUGAAGCGCAUCUUACUAAAGCAGAGAUAUUGCUAAAAAUUGGAGAAUGGAGUGAUGCACGUAAAAUACUAGUUUCUUUAUAUUUGACUAAGGGAUUACCACAGAAUAUGAACGAACAAAUUGAGAAAUAUUUAAGAAUUGUGGUAACAAUAUGUAAAACCAAAGAAAAUUUAUUUAUUGAAGAUGAUAUAUCUGUUAAACAAAAGUUAUAUGAAACAUUAGGAGAUGCAACUGUAGCUGUACAUUCUUUUGAAAAAGCAAUCAGUUAUUAUCAAGAAAUGCUAAAAUGUGCAGAAGAUACUGGAAGUGAGAAAAUAGGUGCUGCUUUAGUAAGUUUAGCACAAACUCUGCGUGAUGCAGAUCGUUAUGAUGAAGCAUUACAAUUUGCUGUUAGAGAACUUGAACUAUGUAGUGAUCCACAUGAAAUAUGUAGAUCUGCUCUCUUUUUAGCUGACUUACAAAUAGCUAAUAAAUCUUCUGAUAUCGAAAUUAAAGAAUCUUACAAUUUAGCAUUAUCCACGGUAGAACAAUCUGAAAAUAAGAAGCUUCAAAUAUCUGUUCUGAAAGAAUUCUUACUUUAUCUAAAAAAAACUGAAGAUAAAGAUACUGUAGAAAUGAUCCAAAAAAAAUUAAAUAAUCUGACGAAUCAUCUUAUUGAUGAAGAAAGUGAAAGUGAAAGUGAAGUAGAAAGUGUAAAUAUUGGAGGAGAUAUUUGUUUAGAAGAAUUGUCGGAUAUAGAAAAUGAAUUGCACUCUAAAGAAAAUAUUGAAACAACAAAACGACGUUUUAAGAGAGGUCUUGCAGUGAGGAGAAAUGAAAAAGGAGAAACACAGCUUCAUGUUGCAUGUAUUAAUGGUAAUAUUGCAAAUGUAGAAAAAUUGUUAGCAGCAGGGCAUCCGACGAACGUAAGAGAUCAUUGUGGUUGGACCCCGCUCCAUGAAGCUGCAAAUCAUGAUUACAUAGAAAUAGCUAAAUUGUUGCUUAAAAGUGGAGCAAACGUAAAUGAUCCAGGUGGAUCAUUAUGUGGGGGUAUUACGCCUCUUCAUGACGCCGCAUCAUGCGGGAAUUUAUCUAUGAUGUGCCUAUUAAUGGAAUAUGGUGCAAAUGUUACUCUCAGAACAAAAGAAGGAGAUACAGUAUUAGAUUGUUUAGAAAGUUGGAAGGAUCGUGCUGGCAAUUUAUCAUUAAACCAAGAAAUAGAAUAUGAUAGUAUGUAUCAACAAUUAGUACCUGUGGUACCAACAACUAUAAAAAAAUCUAAAAAACAAUCUCCUACACCUAUAAAUGAUUAUAAAAAAUUAAUAGAUCUUGAAACACAGAAUGAGGAAGUAGAACCUAAGAAGAUAUCUGCUGGAGAAGAUUAUAAGAGAACAAUAGCUAGAUUAAAACAUAGAGAUAGUUUAAUAAGACCAAUCACGAAUUCUAAUGAUAAAUGUAAAAUAUCAAAUCCUCUUCUAGAUACUGAUGAAGAUUUAGUUGAUGAUUGGUUAGAAGAUGAUAUGUACAUAAGUUCUAAAAAAAAAUCUUUCAAUGAUAUUUUCAAUAUAACUAGCAAAAGAAAAUCAAAUAGUUUUAAUGUAGAUAAUGAGACAAAUAAUAUACGUGUAAAACGACAAAAAAUUGAUACAGAUGAUGAAAAAACAGAAGAAGAAGAGGAAGAAGAAAAAGAAAUACAGAAUAUUAUUGCAUUAGAAGACAGUGACAAUAGUAAUGCAAGUAAAGUAACCAGUCCUGCUAACUCGCCUAAACAAUUUAGAAAAAAGAAAAAUAAACAAAUCUCUCUAUUUUCUACUGGUUUUACUAAAAAUUCUAUAUCUCGUACUCCUUCACCUAUUUAUUCAGCUAUUCUGGAUAAUUCAGCUCAACAAAGUAAUAAUGGAAUAUCAACGAAUUUACAGAUUUCUAUAAAAAAUAAAACUUUUUAUUUAAAAUUAGUUAUACUUGAGCAAGAUAGGGGUGAUAUAUUAAAAAUCAUCUUAGAUGAUAUGAAAAAAAAGUUCUGUGAUGAAACUGGCUGUACAGUGGAGCUUGUUUUAAAAACAAUGGAAGGAGAUUCAGUUUCUUCUGAAAAUGUAAUCCAUAUUAUAAAAGGAAAUGAAAAUAUAAAAUAUUUAAAAUGUGAAAUUAUCAAAAUAGAAAUACCAUCUAUUGUAGAGAGGUAUAAAACAAUUUGCAAAAUUAUUCAAAUAGUGCCAGAAGAGACAACAAUAAAAUGUUUAAAAUCGUGCGAGAAUACGUCCGUUUUCCGACUUAAAUCGGAUGAAACGAAGGAAACGGAACUUGAACCUUUACUUAAAGCUCUAGAGUAUCAAAAAAAUUUGCAAGUACUCUAUUUGUCUGGAGGAGUUUUUCUCAAUAAUGGAAAAAUAUUGUCUAAUUGUCUUUCAGAUUUAUCACUUUUGCAAGAAUUAUAUUUGCAACAAUGUGAUAUUGAUCACAAUUGUUUGUCAAGAAUAGAAAAGUUACCAGUUCAAUUAAGAGUACUAGACUUUAGUUAUAAUCCACUCGGACCGAAUUCUCAAGAAACAAUUCACAAACUAAUUGCACCAUUAAAGAACUUACAAACUUUGUCUUUACGACACUGCGAGCUGAAUGAUUUUAAUUUUUCCAUUGAAAGUAAUAACCUUGUAAAUUUGGAUUUGUCAUGGAAUUUUUUAAACGGAGACAGCAAAUGCUAUUCUCUACAAAGACAAUUAGUUAAUUUAAAUUUAUCUAAUACACUGCAUCCAACUCGGAGUUCCUUUAUUACUGACAUCAUUCAGAAUUCCAAAUUUUUUUUUAUGACUUUAGAAUCACUUGAACUUGCUUGUUGUGACAUUACUGAUGAUGAUGUUAAAUCUAUACUCUUACAAGCACCAAAUCUUACAAAAUUAAUACUUAAUGGUAAUUCGAAAGUUUCAUUGAUAUCUGUACAUAUGUUAUUAAAUCAUAGGCCUACACUAACAUAUAUAGAUGUCAGUGGAUGCACAAAUAUUACAGAACCACCUGAUCCAAAUAUAACUAUAAAGAAUCCUGAAAUAUGUACUUUAAUUAUUAAUAUGAUACCUGAUAUAUGUCAAUCUUGGUUAAUUUUAUGGGAAGGAAAAGGUAUUGUACAUAAAUUAUCGCACAAUCUUACAAUUUUUAAACCAUCAUAG